AUGGACAGGGACGUGUGGUAUUGGAGUAACUACGAACAACAUGAGUUCAACACGAAAAUCGUGAGACAGGCUUUGAGUCAACAAAUUGACCUGAAUGUUCCAGCUUUUGAAUUUCAUUGGAAUCGAUGGACAACAAAUAAGAGCUUAAUGUUUGUUUGGAGGGCAAUAGAGGAGAAAGUUCCUACGGCAACAACUUUAAGAAACAGAGGGAUGAACCUCCCAGACGUGAUCUGCAAGACCUGUGGGGCAGCAGACAAGACCGCGGCUCAUGUCCUCAUCCAGUGUAACUUUACAAAGAGAAUCUGGGAAAAGAUCAUAAAUUGGACUGGGAUCCCGAUGGUAAAUACGGAAGGAAGCAUAAAAGAUCUACUGCAGGAGCUGAACGAGCUACAGAGGAGUAAAAACGUGAGAAAAGCAAUACACGUGAUCGCAAUUCAAACAAUGUGGUUACUUUGGAAAAACAGGAACGAAAAGGUUUUUUCAAAUAAACAAGGUGCGGCAUGA